AUGCCUCUUUCUUUCCUGGCACAGGUGCUCUGGAAAUGGGAGUCGGACCAAGUGGAAGGCGUGGUCUUGCCGCCCAACGUCCGCCUCGCCAAGUGGCUGCCCCAACAGGACGUCCUCGGCCAUGCCGCCACCAAACUCUUCAUCACCCAGGGCGGUCUUCUGAGCAUGCACGAAGCCACUUUCCAUGGCGUGCCGAUCGUUGGAUUGCCGGUCGGGUCCGACCAACUCCUCAACAUGCGACGGGCUCAGGAAGCCGGUGUUGGCCUCGCUCUCAUUUGGGAAGAACUGGACGCGGAUAAAUUGUUCACUGCUGUUCGCACGGUGCUGGCUGACGACACGUUUGCAGCUAACGUGCAGGACAGGUCCAAGAUCAUGCGAGAUGCUGAACAGGGCCCUUUGCAGAGAGCCGUGUUCUGGAUCGAGUACGUGUUGCGGCACGGAGGAGCCGAACAUCUCAAGUCCUCUGCCCCGGACUUGACUUGGUAUCAGCGAAACAGUCUCGACGUCGUGGCAGUUGCUGCGACUGUUCUGGCUGUCGGGCUGUCGAUUCUCCUGGCACUAGUUUAUUUCGUGGUGUGUCGCUGCUUGCCUUCUGUGAUUAGGAGAGCGGUUCGAGGUAGGAAACCGAAACAGGAAUAA